UGAUACGACGUGUCGUAAAAAUCCAGUCAACAAUACCAACACCGUGAUGAACACCACCAAAGCCGCUUGACAGUUUCAGCCUGUAGCUUUAUCUUUUCUCCACACAGAGUGUCUAAAAUGUUAAGCGUCAUCGAGUGACCGGGCUUCGGCACAUUUGUGAAAAUGGAGGCUAUGGAAGACGAUAGUCUGGACGUAAAAGACGACCACAACCACAACUAUUGUGCGAGUAGCAGCAGCAGCAGCAGCAGCAGGAAAGUCCGCACGUAUCACAGCAGCCAACUGUCGGAUGUAACAACGGUCUGUUCACCGGUAUCGGGAGCGGAACCGGGGGCUCGACGAGGGAAGCACCGGCCCGGCGGCAGCAGCAGCAGCAGCGGAGGGACAAAGUUCGUGGACUCGGAUUCGGGGAGUGAGAGCAGUGAAGUCAGCGAGACUGACUGUACAGCUCUACCACCACCAGCAGCAGCAGCAGCUACUGUCGAGGGAAAAUUCUCCCUCGAUUCUACUUCCAAGUUCCUACUGAAUGCUAUGGCAGUAGAAGACUACCAGAAAAACCACUGGCCAAACUUGGAGAAGGUAAUUGACCGACUGCUCAUUCAGAAUCCCUCAGACCACAUCUCUGUCUCCUAUGCACAGAUAUACAGUUACAUCUACAAGUGUGUUUGUCAGCAACACUCUGAGCUGCUCUACAAUGACUUGACAUCAAAAAUAACAAAUCACCUGCUCCGUGUUUCCACUCGUCUACAGGCCAGCCCCCCUGAAACCUUCAUUGAGAACUUCAACAUUGCACUCACACAGUACACAACUUCUCUGCAAUGUAUAGUCCCUGUGUUUAUGUACUUGUUUGUUGGAGAACCAAUGGAGCCGUCAGUUAGUAACAAAACUCAAAAGAUGUUCGGUUUGUCCAUCGUGGGAUACUGUAAAUACAAGAACAAGUUCUACGUUGAGUCGAAGCUGAACAGAGACCUAAAAGACGAUUUGAUGAAGCUGUUUGCUGACCAUGUUGCAGAAAAACAAGUGAAUAAGCUGCUGCCUCUUCUCAUUGAAGCUCAUUCCUUGCCCUUUAAAGUGCAGCCAUCUACGAUGGCCAGUGUAGUUACAGGCCUCUACAGCCUCCGACCAGAGUGGGCCCAGUUAGCCCCAGCUCUCUUCUCCGGGUUUAUUCCUCAGAUCAAUCCUCCUGCUGUGGAGUCUCUGCUGUCCGACUAUGCUGCUCAUGAUCAGAAGCUCCAGAUGGAGCUCUCCAUGAACGGGUUUCCACGAGGUGACCAGUCUCGCAAGCGGGCCAGCGAUGACUCCUGAUAGCCGAGCUGGUGUCUCCGGAUUCUUCGCGGAACUAUUACUGUGCCUCCUACAUCUUAAUCACGAGUUGGCUCACUGCACUAGGUACAAUGUUAACAAUGUGUCGGUUUAUUCUCUCCUGACUCAAGGUCACAACACUGUGAACAACAAAGAGAACGUGAUUUUGCGUUGUCGAGCAGAAGUUUCAUUUUGCUGCACUUAGAGGAAAAGCACAGUCUUCCAUUUUCCGUGCUUUCUUCUGCGAUUAUGAUGCAUCCAGCCUCAGUAUUUUGUAGGAUGCCACUGUGUGUCAUCAAGACUGUUUUCUCCAUGUUGUCCACAUUCAACAGUGCCUUCAUGGUGUCUGUUUGAUCAGGUUUCCUGACAGGGGAUGGGCUGAUGAUGGGGUUUUUCAUUACCAACUUUUAAUGUGGGAGUGUGAUUUCUAUAGACUAGGCAAAUCAAGACUUCCUAUUGCUGCUAAUAAUGCUGUCCUUGUGUUAAUACCACAUAUCCCACGGUUGAACCUACCACGUGUGUAAACCAUAGGCCAUAUAUAAGAGUUGGACGUAGCUUAAGAGUGAAGCCGAGGAAGAACACAAGUCGCACUUAGCCACCAGGGGGUGACUCUGCUGGUUGGAAAAAUAACCCUUUAUGAAUUGAAGUAUACGGGAACAUCAGCCUAUUUCUCACUUGUUUUAUGAUGUAAUUUUAUGAUAUGCGAGAAAGCGUGGCACAUUUGAGUUACAUCUGUGAACUUUCAAUUUAAACAAAAAUAGCAAAGGUGCAGAACAAAUCACAAAUCUUGAGGCUUUAAAAUGGUACUUUAGAUUACUACGGGAACACUACAGUAUGUCCACUUUUUUAUAUAUGGUCUGCGGUAUAAACCAGCGUCUGCAGUCAACAUGAAUGAGUGAGAGAAGAAAUUGGAACAAAGUCAUUGACCUUAAUCAUGAUCCUCUUCUUCAUGUUGCCUUUACUGUGUUGGUAAACUGGAUUGUGUUUUCCAGUUAUUCCAAAGAGGAUUUGCAGUACCUUUGUUUUUCUUAUUUACACACACAUAUAUAUGUAUAAUACAUUGAAUCAAGGUGACAUUGUUAAUGUUGUAUGCUGUCUGAGUCUGAGCCAUUUGAGUUUUUUAUACUAAUGAGUUUUGAGCUUUAGUUGACCUCUUAGACUAAAGUCAGAUUCUAACUUGUUUGUUUUAGCAUGUACGUCUGACAGGGACGGUCUUGCAGGACAUAACACAAGAGUGCCAGAGACCUUAAACAAACACAGAAUCAUGUUUGAGAAUUUCUCUUUGUUUGGUUUGGUUUGGUUCAUUUACUGUAAAUAUAUCAAACAUGUUGCUCCGUGGAUUUAAUUAAACAAACCGUAUGCAAAUACUG